AUGGCGGACGAAACAACUGUCAUAUCAGCCGUAGAACAGCUCUCUCUUUGCUUCAGCUAUUACGAUUGCAAUGAGAAGACAAUUUGCGAAAACUUCAUUUUCUUACUGGAUGUUUUAGAUAAAGAAAAGGGUUCGAAUCCCGGAAAUUCCGCUAAUUCCGGCGAAGUUGUUGUAAGGCAAGACUCCAUUCCCAUGACAAUGUAUAAUUUUCUGCAGAGAUGCGAAGAAGAAAAUCAAAAUGUGUUUGAGAUUGAAGAACCUAAACUUACUGGAAAGGUCAUUGGGAAAGCAAUUUGGAAUGAAAUUGAACAAUCCGGUUUAUCUCCCAACGCAGCUGUUGCACAAAGCUAUGAUGGCGCAAGUGUCAUGAGUUCAACGAAUGUGGGAACAUGA